AACGACUUCCGGUUUUAGACCUCGUUGAGCGCCAUUUUCAACAAAAAUGAAUUGAAAGGAGGGAAGAAGCUUUGAAGAAAAGGCAUCGUUAUGGAGGUCGAUGAGACCCCAGAAACAACGGAGCAAGUCUCCAGAGCUAUUAAUCUGGAAACAGAUUUUAGCCCAAUAGAGAUCCCCCCCGCACCAGAAUCUGUAGCUACAUAUGAAGUGAAUGGACCCCGUCUUAUGAUAUAUAAAAUUGUCAAUGAAAAUUUCAAGUCGUAUGCUGGUGUUCAAACUCUAGGACCAUUCCACAAGAGUUUCACGUCCAUUGUUGGUCCAAAUGGCAGUGGCAAGUCUAACGUCAUCGACUCUAUGCUGUUUGUGUUUGGUUUCCGUGCCAACAAAAUUCGAUCCAAGAAGAUAAGUGUUUUGAUUCACAACAGUGAGAACCACAAGGACCUGGACUCCUGUACAGUGAGCGUGCACUUCCAGAAAAUUAUUGACACUGGAGACGGAGAAAACGAUUACACGGUAGUCCCCAGCUCGGAGUUUGUGGUGUCACGGACUGCACACAGAGACAACAGUUCCUAUUACACAGUGGAUGGUAAACGGAAGACGUACAAAGAAGUGGGAGCUAUUCUGAGAGGAAGCGGGAUCGACCUCGACCACAACCGCUUCCUCAUUCUACAGGGCGAGGUUGAGCAGAUUGCUAUGAUGAAACCUAAAGGUCAGAAUCAGAGUGAUGAUGGUAUGCUGGAGUUCCUGGAGGAUAUUAUCGGCAGUAAUCGAUUUAAAGAACCCAUAGAAAUCCUUGCCAAGAGGGUGGAAACACUCAACGAACUCCGUGGGGAAAAGCUGAAUAGGGUAAAGGCAGUAGAAAAAGAGAAAGAUGAUUUAGAGGGAUCCAAAAAUGAGGCUGUAGAAUACUUAAGCAUGGAGAAUGAAAUCGUUCACCUCAAAAAUAAAAUCUACCAGAAAUACGUAAUGGAAUGUUCUGAGAAUGAAAAAAAAGCACAGGAAGAGUAUGACAAGAUUUAUGAAGGAAUGAAAGAUGUAAAUGAGAAAAUGAAAGUAAUUACAGAUGCCAAGAACGAAAAAGAAACGGCCUGUAAAAAAAUUGUCAAAAAUUUCGAAAAACUAACGAAAGAUGUUGAGGAAACUAAAGAAAAGUUUGCUGAUUUUGAGAAACAGGACGUGAAAUGUCGAGAAGAUCUAAAGCAUGCUAAAGGGAAAACAAAGAAACUGGAUAAAACAUUAGAGCAGGAAAAGAAACGAGUUGAGGAACUUAAACUUGUACCUUCAGAAUCAGAGAAGGCAAUUGCCGACCACAAGAAAAAGUUGGAGAAGUUGGAAGGUGAGAAAAAGAUUGAGGAGGAUAAACUAGCAGCUGUCAUGGAGAGUUUGAAGACUGAGACCAAGGGAUUGCAAGAAGAAAAGGACAAAAGAGAAACGGAACUGUUGGGACUUCAGAAAUCUGUAAAUGAAACAAAGUCCACUUUGAACAUAGCUCAAUCUGAGCUUGAUAUCUACCUCAGCAACCAGCAAAGUGAAACCAGUAAACUGAAGGACAUGCAGAAAAACCUAUACAAGGCUGAGAGCACACUUAAAGACAGAAAAAGUGAGGCUAAUAACCUUGUGAAGAAUAUCCCAGAGAUGGACAAACUUCUACAGAAAGCAAAAUCCGACUUUGACAGGGCAGUGGAGGUCGAUGCGAAGUUGGCAGAGCAGCUGAGAAAUUUGAGAUCGAAGGUGGAGGAAGCUCGAGGUUCCAUGCAGGCAGCCAGAAGCAAAGGGAAGGUGAUUGACUCGUUGAUGGCACUGAAAAAAAGUGGACAGAUGCCUGGCCUGUAUGGCAGACUGGGUGAUCUAGGGGCCAUUGACAUGAAAUAUGACAUUGCCAUAUCGACUGCAUGCGGUGCUUUGGACCACAUUGUGGUGGACUCUGUGACCUCUGCCCAGAGAUGUGUGGAAUACCUCAAGAAAAACAACAUCGGGGCAGCCACAUUUAUCUGUCUGGAAAAGAUGGAGAGGUGGAGGGAACACACCAAAAGAAAAAUACAGACUCCAGAGAAUGUUCCUAGACUCUUUGAUUUGGUGAAAACGAAGGAAGAGAAGAUUCUGCCCGCCUUCUACUUUGCCUUAAGGGACACCUUGGUUGCUAACGAUUUGGACCAAGCUACAAGAAUUGCCUAUGGAAAAACUAGAUAUAGAGUGGUGACUCUUCAGGGGCAAUUACUGGACCAGUCAGGUACCAUGAGUGGAGGGGGCAAAACUGUGUGCAAGGGAAGAAUGGGGUCAUCUAUCGCUUCAGCUGUAGACCCCAAAGAACUCAACAACAUGGAGAACUCCUUAGAAAAGGUCACAGCUGAGGCCCAGCAAAGUCGCGCGAACAAGGAAAAGUUGGAAGAUGCAAUCCACCAAAAUGAGAAGGACUUGUCCUUCAUGAAGCACAAACAGCAGAAAUGUGACCUGGAAAUCAAAGCCUUAGAGCAGCAGAUUGAGUCCUUGACCUCCCAGAUCAAAGAACAGGAAGCCAAGGUGAAAGCAGCAGCUCCUGAUGAAAAACAACUGAAAGAAUUGGAGACCAAGGUCAACCAAUACAGAAAAGACUUUGACAAGGCAAAUGGAGCAGCUUCGAAAGUAGAGGCCCAAGUCCAGCAACUCCACAAGCAGAUCAUGGACAUCGGAGGAACCAAGAUGAAGGCUGCUCAGUCGUGUGUGGACGCUGUCAAUAACAAGAUUGAUACAGUUACAGGACAAAUUACGAAAGCCCAGGUGGGCAUCAAGACCGCUGAAAGAAACCUGAAAAAAGCCGAGGAGAAAGUCAAAACAGCUGCAGAAGACAUAGAAGAAAACAAGAAUAAGAUUGAGGAACUACAGAAACUGCUAGAGACAUUAGAGAAUGAUGCUACAACAGUUCUGAAGGCAUACAAAGAGGCUCAGGACAAGAUGAAGGAAUCGGAGGUGGUUCUGAAUGAGGUCCAGGCAGAGAUCAAGAAACUGGAAGAGGACGAGAAUGAGUUGCAGAAGGAAGUGGUAGAUGUACGCCAUGAAUUGGAGCGGAUCGAGGGGAUCGUCAAAAGCAACAAGCUGAAAGUCAAGCACUGGAGGAAAGAGAUGGGAACGCUGACCCUGACCCCCAUUGAUGGCAAAGACAUUGGGGAGCUAACAGAACUUUCCCCUGAAGCUCUUACUGACAUUGACAAGGAGGGAGUACAAUAUGAAAUCACAGUGCUGGAGGAAAAACUGGCUCAAAUGAAACCCAACAUGGCAGCCAUAGCUGAAUACCGCAAAAAGGAGGAAUUGUACCUACAGAGGGUAGGGGAACUAGACAAAAUCACAGAUCUCAGGGACCAGCAAAGGAAGUACUUUGAGGAGCUUCGUAAGCAGCGAUUGGAUGAAUUCAUGGCGGGCUUUUCUGUCAUCACCAACAAAUUGAAGGAGAUGUAUCAGAUGAUCACACUUGGAGGAGAUGCUGAACUGGAGCUGGUCGAUUCACUUGAUCCUUUCUCCGAAGGAAUAGUGUUCAGCGUUCGACCCCCAAAGAAAUCGUGGAAGAACAUCUCUAAUCUGUCUGGAGGGGAGAAGACUCUUAGUUCACUGGCUUUGGUCUUUGCACUUCAUCACUAUAAACCCACGCCUCUGUAUGUCAUGGACGAGAUUGAUGCUGCUCUUGAUUUCAAAAAUGUCUCCAUUGUCGCCAAUUACAUCAAGGAGAGGACAAGGAAUGCACAGUUUAUCAUUAUUUCGCUGAGGAACAAUAUGUUCGAGCUAGCAGACAGACUGGUGGGGAUCUAUAAGACGGACAAUUGCACCAAAUCUGUGACUGUCAACCCCAACAACCUGGUGCUACCCCUCCAGGAAGUGAACGCUAAUGGCUGAGAGAUGGGGAUCUGACACAUCCAGUGUUAUUUGGGGGCACCUGUUUAGUGGUUGUCUGGAAAUGCAUGUUUCAGGUGACCUUCUGUAUACAAAGAGACACAGGUUUCUGUUAUUAACAUCCAACAUGUAAUCCAAGUAUGUGAACCUGAUAGUGAAAGUAGCUCUUUACAUGUAUAUUAAGACGAGGAAAUUGUUAACUUGAUAGUGAAAGUAGUUCUAUACAUGUAUAUUGAGACAUGGAGAAAUGCAUGUGAAUUUGAGUUUUUUUGCCUCCACCUUGGAAUGGCUCUGGCAUAUGUUGGUACCCCUCUCCACCAUAAUUCUGUUUCCAUUCAUUAUCUCUGCUAAAAAUGCACAUAUUCAACAGAAAUUUGGUGUUAAGUAUUAUUUGGUUCUAGCUGAAUAAUUGUUGACAGUUAUGCCCCAUGGACUAAGAACAUUUAGCAUACUUGAUUCUGAUAAAAUCCGGCCGAAUCAUACUAAGCUGAGUAUACUUGGCGACGCGCUAAGAAUCAAGUGACCCGGCUACAGUAGUAAUGAAAAUGUGGACCUUCUAUUAUAUAAACAUUUGGCAUAGAAAUGACCAACAUAUUUAAAAAUCAUGAUUAUCUUGCCAGUUUAAAAAAAAAAAAAAAUUGUCAUAGAAUAAGCAGCUCUUGAUACUAUUGUGUCCAAGGAUGCCAGCUCGAAGCUGCCUUCACCUAUCAAAAUUUCCCAGCUCAAUCGGCUUCCCUGGCGAGAUGCAUGCACAAUUCCGGCUCACAAUGAAGUGUGUCACCAGUCAUCGCCAUUUGGCCGAGUGCGCCAGAUCAUUAGAAUCAAGUAUGCUAACAGUUUCUGCUCAUCAUCUCAGUCAGACAUGGACACUUUGAAUUGAAAUUUUUUGGGACAUAGAUACAUCAUACCAUGCAAGUCGAGUACUUCUAAGGUGCUUCAGAUAACUUUUGGUAGAGUUAUGGUCCUUGGGUAGGGGCGUUUGUGUUGCUCCGAUACAUUUAGUUGAAAUGUAUGUUGAGGAAUACUUUGAUUGUAGAUAUUUAAUUUCACCACAAAUGUGUUCAACAUGUGUUCUAUUCACAUUUUAAUUAUAAACCAUACUGUUUUGAACAGAAAUUCUUUUAUUUCAAAUGUGUUACUUUUAAUGUCACUCCUAACUUAUCUGAUUCCUGUCAUUUCGACCAUCAAGGUCUUUUAAAUACUUAUUUAUUGCAAUACAAAUAUUACAAGGAAAAUAAAAGAGUAUAUAACAGUU